ACUAAUGUCAGUCUUAUUUUGGUCGGCUUUUUGCAAGUGUUGGAGGUGCAGAAAUCUCAAAAUAAACUUAAUUUCUUGAAUAAAUUACUCAGUUUUUAUCUCAAUGUUCUAGUUGUACAAAUUAUGUGUGUUUCCCAGCAAAUAUUCAUUCAUACAACCACCCAAACCCUCAAAAUCCGUAAUUAAUUUUGAUUUUCUACAAGAACCAUGACACGAAAAUGAUGCGAUACUCCGAAAUACCGAGGGAUAUUUCAGGAGACAGUCUUACCGCACUGAAAAUACCGGAGAGCCGAAAGCAGGACAGCUACAGGACCUCCGAUAUUGACGGUGAUUCGGUUUCACUGUCUUCGUCUACCAGCCAUGACAGAUUUCCUUCAGAUCUUAGAUUUAGGAAAAUAUCAACUCCGGCUGUCUCCAGUGGACCGGGACCACCCUUUACGUACUAUAACUACGGUUCACUCGCAUCUGUACCUGCCCAUAUCAAAACUCAAAGCUUGCCCAGCAAUGCCUCGUCUCAAGCCCGAACCAAAAACUACAGCUGUGCUAUUUUCGACAUACUCAGGAUAUCGCCGGAAGACUUUGCCAGUCAAUUGACAUUACUCGAUUUGCCUGUGUUCCUCAGCAUCCAACCCGACGAACUCACCAGUUGUGCAUGGAAUAAGAAAAACAAGUUGACCAUGGCGCCCAAUGUUGUUGCAUUCACGAGACGAUUCAAUCACGUGAGCUUCUGGACGGUGCAAGAAAUACUCAGCGGGCCAACACCCAAACAAAGAGCGGAAAUACUCGCGUUUUUCAUUAGGAUAGCGAAGAAGUUGUACGAUUUGAAUAAUUUGCACUCGUUAUUUGCAAUGAUUUCAGCCUUACAAAGUGCCUCGAUUUACAGAUUAUCAAAAACGUGGACUUGUUUGUCUAAAAAAGACAAGCAGACUUUUGACAAACUGGCCGAGGUGUUUUCGGAUGCUGAUAAUUGGUCGAAUCUCAGGCGCCAUAUUGAAAGUUUGAAACUUCCUUGCAUACCUUAUUUGGGUUUAUAUCUGACUGAUCUUGUUUAUAUUGACAUGGCCCAUCCUCAUUCUGGUGGUUUAGAAUCCCAGCAAAGGACUCUCAAAAUGAACAAUAUUUUACGUGUAAUCUCUAAUUAUCAACAUUCUGAUUAUUCUCACUUGACUGCAAUACCUCACAUUCAAGACUACUUAAAUUCAAUCAGAUAUAUCGAGGAACUCCAAAAAUUCGUCGAAGACGACCAAUACAAACUUUCAUUGAAACUGGAACCACUUUCGCCGGCCCCGAGUUCCUCAAGUUGCAGCUCAAAGGAAUCGGUGAUUGUCGAUGCAGCUGCAAUCGCAUCAUUAAAUCUCUCGCCGGCAAAGGCUUCCAGCGGAUCAUUACGUCUUCACGCCGUUACAUCAGGAAGUAAAUUCAUACCGGGUCACAGAAAGUGCCGCAGUUUAGGAACAAAAUUUCGUAGUACAAGUCUUCCUCGUAAUUUCCACAAAACAGGGUGUCCCUCUGUGGUACUACCCUGGGGUAUUUUUAGCAAAUCUCAUCAAGUCGGUGCGUUUGAUCCCAAAGAUCUCCCGAAAACAUUACAUUUGUUAGAUGAUUCUGAAUUGGAAGACUCUUCAAGAAACCUACAUUUACUUCAUGCCGAUUUGCCAUCACCCACCAUCGAUUUACCACUCCAAGCAUCACAAAGUACGGCGGAAAAUUCAACACUUCUUACGAGGUUGGCAGAGGAUUCUCUGGGUCCAGAAGAUCAGGUCUGCACAAUGCAAGGUUGUGUUCGGCGAAAGACUGUUUUAAAAGAAGGACGUAAGCCAACCGUGACUUCUUGGCAACGUUACUGGUUACAAAUUUGGACAACAUCACUUGUUUACUUUUCACCGAAAUCUUUUAAAGGUCACCAACGAUCUGAUUUCAAAAGAGAGCCUUGCAAGCUGGUGCCGUUGAUGGGUUGUCAGAUAAUUCUUGGUGACAAUGGUGUUCAACAGGAUUGUUUCCAAAUCAUCGAUCAUCAUCGAGGAAACAUCUACAAAUACAGAGCGGGUACCAAAAGUUUAGCAGAAAAAUGGUGUCGACAUUUACAACAAGCAGCUAACGGAGAACAAACUCCUCUUCCUAGUAAUCUCAUGUCUUUUGAGUAAUUUGCGUGACUGAAUGAUAUUGUUAUUUAUUUUCUAUGAUUAUUUAUUUUAAGUUGUACCUCCUCUUUUGUACAUUUGCAUUUAUUACACAUAGCUUUUUAAUUGUUUA